GCGAGUGCAAACCUCGGUUCGUCGAGCUUGCGGAGCGCUCAAAAUCGAUCGAUUUUUGAUAUUGCGGCCGUGGAGUCUUUUCGUGAGCUGAUUCUGUUGAAAAAGCGAGUGUGUGUGCCAUUAUUUUGUACGCGAAAAGUGUCCCUUCGUUGCAAAAAGAACAUCAGUACCAGCGGCGACAGUAACAGAAGCAGCAUCAGCUAACUCACCACCACCACCACCACCACCACCACCAGAACCAGAGCAAAAUGUCUACCGUCGACAAGGAGGAGUUGGUCCAGAAGGCUAAACUGGCCGAACAAUCGGAACGAUAUGACGACAUGGCACAAGCGAUGAAAUCAGUGACAGAAACCGGAGUAGAACUAUCAAACGAAGAACGAAACCUGCUAUCUGUCGCCUACAAGAACGUCGUCGGUGCACGAAGAUCGUCAUGGCGAGUAAUAUCGUCGAUUGAACAGAAAACCGAGUCCUCUGCCCGCAAACAGCAACUAGCCCGGGAAUACCGAGAACGAGUCGAGAAAGAACUUAGGGAAAUCUGCUACGAAGUAUUGGGCCUGCUGGACAAAUUCUUGAUCCCCAAAGCCAGUAAUCCAGAAAGUAAGGUGUUUUACCUCAAAAUGAAGGGAGAUUACUACAGAUACCUAGCCGAGGUAGCCACAGGAGAAACCCGCAACACCGUAGUAGACGAUUCCCAAGCCGCUUACCAGGAUGCCUUUGAAAUUAGUAAAGGCAAAAUGCAGCCAACACAUCCCAUCCGGUUGGGUCUCGCGCUCAAUUUCUCAGUCUUCUAUUACGAGAUCCUAAACUCUCCAGACAAAGCCUGCCAGCUGGCGAAACAGGCCUUCGAUGACGCGAUUGCCGAACUGGACACCCUGAACGAGGAUUCCUACAAAGACUCCACCCUGAUCAUGCAAUUGCUGAGGGAUAACCUUACCCUGUGGACCUCGGACACCCAAGGCGACGGUGAUGAACCACAGGAGGGUGGCGAUAAUUAACCAAACUAAAAUUAAUGAAAAACAAAAAACACACACUUAAAUAUAAUAGAAAUUCCUUUUGACUAAUUAAUUAAAAAAGAAGAAGCAAAAGAAGCAGAGAAAAAAAACACAAGACAAAGAGAGCAAAAGAAGAAGAAGAAGCAGAUCAAACAAAUGCAAGAGAUCAUCAUUUCUUUAAGAAAUUGCAAGAAAAACACACACUUUCUUUGUGGCGUUUAGGCUCUCUCGCAGACCUGGCAGCGAAGCAAAGCGAAGCACAGCGCAGCAUGCCGAAGAUAACCGAGCCGCCGGAGCGAGAGCGCAGAAAGAAGAGAAAAGAGAGAAACAAAAUACAUGUUUGUAUGUAUGUUCUAUUUAUCCCCCCUUCCCGAUAAUUGUUUCCAUUUGGGAAACAGCCCGAAAAAUUAUGAAACAAAGCUUCGUUAAUAUAAAUAGUUUCACUUCACAGAAAAAAAUUGUUAUUUUUUGUUUUUGUUUUACGAAACUAGAGAAAAAAAAAACAAAACAGGCAGCGAAAGGUUUUAAAUCGCUUGUAAUUUGUAAUUACGCAUCAAAAAAAGCUACAACAAAUCAUACAAAAUACAGUCAAACAGAACGAACAGAACACAACAUGAGCAUUUUUUGAUUCUGUUUGACAGCUCUCACCUGUUUUUUUGUGGGAGCUUGAGAGAAAAAUUCGUGCAUCAGCAGCAGCAGCAGUGCGACAUUUAUGGGUUUUUCGUUUUCGUGUCAUUGGAAGAAGGGCUGCCAGAGAAGCAGUUGCAGGUUUCUUCCGCGGAUUGGUUUCAUUUUCUCUUCGAAAUUUUUCGGCUUUCACACACGAUGUUUACUCACAAAAACCGUUUGUUCCAAAACGUAAGAAGAAAAAUAUUAAAAAAGAAACCGAAUUGUAUUAUUCUAUGCCUCUGUGUCCCCUCUAAUACGAAGAAUUAAGACAAAACAAACAAAACGCUAAUCAGUGGAAGGAGAUCGAACAAAAAAAAAUAUUGCAAAACAACACUUCUAUAAAUGUACACAUCCCGAUUGAAGUUUUUGUGAUUCACACUCUGGAACGGCACGUGGACUCGCUUUUUUGGACCGGCGGCCGUGCACGUUCCGCGUCAAACCAAUUUCCAAUCAGAUCCUUUCUACCAAAACUAAAAAUGUAAGGAGAAAAUCUUUAACUGUAAUUUGCAAACAAUUCAAGCGAGCAGCAAAUGUCUUUUUACGCAUUCAUACUACGCGACGAGAGAAUCAAAUUGAAAAGGAAGAACAAACAACAGCAAACCGUCGACGAACAACUUGAGACGUCCAAGAGGAAUACCGCAGAACACUCGACAUCGUCCUGCGACGGAAAUAAAAACAACAUCAUAUGGAAAUUAUUACUCUAAAAAAAACCAACAAACCAACAGAAGAAGAAGAAAAUGAAGAAGAAAAAGAACAAAACGUGCAUAAAAACAACUGUAAGAAGCAAAAGUUUUUACUAUAAAAAACGGCAGAAAAAUCUACAAAAAACAUCCAACCUUUUCAGCAAGGGAAGAGUUUGGGAAAAAAUGCAAGGCAAGAAGACCAGGAAUGCUAGCGCUACAUAUUCUGUGAAGAAUUGUAACAAGGAAUAUUUUUUAAUUUAUGGCGUUCACAAAAAUACACACUCACGAUUUUUCAUGUAUUAUAACAACAACAAAGUAUGGAAAAAAAAACAGCUAAAUAAAAUGGAACAACAUUAACUGUCCGAUAACUGGAGAAAAUAA